UCUUGUGACCCCAAGAUAACUUACGCAGCCCGAGAUGCCCAGGUAUCCAUCGCCCUGUUCAUCCACCUGCUGGGCCUCAACUCAGACGCCACGCCCUCACCUGACAGUGGGAGUGGCUAUACCCAGCUGGCCAAUCGCUGCCAGGGCCUGGUAGACACACCCUUCAGGGAGAGGGGUGGAGGAGAGGGAGAGGACGGUGAGAGGAAGAGGAAGAAGCGCCAGCAGCCUACUUUGGAAAGCCCCGAGACUGGGGACCAGCAAGUACCAGACCCCAGGAGGAACAACAAGAGAAAACCGCUCGGUGUGGGCUACGCUGCUCGGAAGUCUCCUCUUUAUGACAACUGCUUCCUCUACGCCCCGGAUGGACAACCCCUCUGUACCUGCGACAAGAAGAAGGCCCAGUGGUACCUGGAUAAAGGAAUAGGAGUGCUGCAGAGUGAGGAGCCAUUCAUCGUGCGUUUGCUGUUUGAGCCUUCUGGACGUCCAGACUCCCAGCAGGACUACUACCUGACUGCCAAGGAGAACCUGUGUGUGGUGUGUGGCAAGAACAACUCUUAUAUCAGGAAGAACAUCGUUCCUCAUGAAUACAAACGUCACUUCCCCUCGGAGAUGAAGGACCACAACUCCCAUGACAUCUUGCUGCUGUGCACUUCCUGUCACGCGGCCUCCAACGUGCACGACGGCUUCCUGAAGCAGCAGCUGGCUGAUGAGCAUGGCGCGCCCCAGGGGUGUGAGGAGGGCGUAUGUCUCCUGGAGGACUCUGACCGCAGGAGGGUUCGUUCUGCCGCCCGAGCCCUGCUCACCGUGGGGGCGGGGCUUCCAGAGGCCAGAAGAGAUGAGCUACAGAAGGUCAUAAGGUCCUUCUUCAACGACACCGACGUGGAGCUGACUCCUGAGACACUUCAGAGUGCUGCAGGCCUGGAGACCAGGAUCUUCAAUGAGAGCUACGUUCCCCACGGGCUGAAGGUGGUGAAGGCGACCGCCGAGCAGGGCCUGAAGGGAUUAAUGGAGCUGGAGCACCGAUGGAGGCAACACUUCCUGUCUACCAUGACACCUCGCUACCUUCCUUCUCUCUGGUCUGUCAGCCACAACCACAACAAGUUACUACGCAGGUACGGAGAGGACCUUCCCAUCCAGCUGAACUGACCCACAGUCACCACACCAGUCUGGUGCCCAGGCUACACCAGUCUGGUGCCCAGGCUACAUCUGUCUGGUGCCCAGGCUACAUCUGUCUGGUGCCCAGGCUACAUCUGUCUGGUGCCCAGGCUACAUCUGUCUGGUGCCCAGGCUACAUCUGUCUGGUGCCCAGGCUACAUCUGUCUGGUGCCCAGGCUACAUCUGUCUGGUGCCCAGGCUACAUCUGUCUGGUGCCCAGGCUACAUCUGUCUGGUGCCCAGGCUACAUCUGUCUGGUGCCCAGGCUACAUCUGUCUGGUGCCCAGGCUACAUCUGUCUGGUGCCCAGGCUACAUCUGUCUGGUGCCCAGGCUACAUCUGUCUCGGUUUGUCUGGUUCCCAGGCUGAUCACAUCAGCUGUUACAGCAGCCUCUACCUGGGGUCCAGCCUCUACCUGGGGUCCAGCCUCUACCUGGGGUCCAGCCUCUACCUGGGGAUUACACAGUACCCCAGAGAACAGACUAAUGCCUACAGGUGAAGGGUUGGAUUCUGUGUGUUCAGUGCCUGCGAUCCUCCUCAGUCUACUGUUGGCUAGACGAGGACAUCUGUUGCUCUGAUCUGCUUGUGGUGCCUUACAUGUUAAAUGCCAGACAGACUGUGCUCGUGGGCCCAGCAGGAUGUAUUGGCUGCCUUACUGACAAAUUGGCACCCUGUUCUUUUAUAUAGUGUAGUACAUUUUGAGAUCUAGAGCCUGAGGAGAGAGACUGCCUUGUUGUUCAGACCGAGGUCAAAUAAUUCUGUGUCAAGAACACUAACUGGAGACGAUGGUGCAGAAUUCAUGAUGAAAUGCUAUUGAAUAAAAACCCCCAAAAAAAACACUGGUUUAGGAUCGUAACGAUACCAGUAUCCCAAUACUCUGAGUUAUAGUGGCAAUGAAAACAAAACAUGAAGCAGACUGAAUUUCCUGAGAGUAAACAGUCCUAAUGCUGUCAACCAGAAUCACAUGUUUAUUUCCCUACAACAGACAAUAUUUUACAUCCAGUAGAUUUUAAUGACGCCAGAGUUCAGUCUGCUUUGUGUUUUCCUUGUUGCCAUGGAAAUACCAGGUAUCGUACCCUCACCAUAGUGGUAUGGUGACGAUCCCUGCUAUGGUUCUUGUUUCCCAGAUUUAAAAACUAGUCCUGGCCAGAAAAUAGCAUAGGAGACGAGACUUCAUCUAGGCCCAGGAAACGGGCCCCAUACAGUGCAUUUGGUUAAGUAUUCAGACCCCUUGACUUUUUCCAUAUCUUGUUACAGCGAUAUUCUGAAAUGGAUUAAAUGGUAGUUUUUUUUUUCCCCUCAUCAACAUACCCAUAUGAUGUUGAAGUCAAUUUAGGAAGCCCCCACACAUCCCUAAUUGUACAACUGACUAAGUGUGUGUCCCCCCUUUCCUUUCUCAUAACGAAUAAAUUUAUUGAUUUAUUUGACAUUUUAAAAUAUCACAUUUACAUAAGUAUUCAGACCCUCUACUUUGUUGAAGUACCUUUUUGGUAGUGAUUACAGCCUCAAGUCUUCUUGGGUAUGAUGCUAUAUGAGCUUGGCACACCUGUAUUUGGGGAGUUUCUCCCAUUCCUCUCUGCAGAUCCCCUCAAGCUCUCCUGUGUUGUCAUUGCUUAGGGUCGUUGUCCUGUUUGAAGGUGAACCUUCACCCCAGUCUGAGGUCCUGAGCGCUAUGGAGCAGGUUUUCAUCAUCUCUGUACUUUUUGUUCUUUCCCUCGAUCCUGACUAGUCUCCCAGUCCUUGCCGUUGAAAAACCUCCCCACAGCUUGAUGUUACCACCACUGUGUCUCGACACAAUCCUGUCUCAGACCUCUACGGACAAUUCCUUCAACCUCAUGGCUUGGUUUUUGUUCUGAUAUGUCCUGUUAACUGUGGGACCUUAUAGACAGGUGUGUGUCUUUCUACAUCAUGUCCAAUCAGUUGAAUUUACUACAGGUGGACUCCAAUCAAGUUGUAGAAACAUCUCAAGGAUGAUCAAUGGAAACAGGAUUCACCUGAACUCAGUUUCAAGUCUCAUAGCAAAGGGUCUGAAUACUUAUGUAAAUAAGGUAUCUGUUUUAGUUUUAUGCAUUUCUUAAUUUCUAAAAAACACUGUCAUUAUGGAAUAUUGUGUGUAGACUGAUUUAUUAAUUUAAUCAAUUUUAUAUAUAUAUAUAUAUAUAUAUAAAAAAAAUAUAUGCCAUUUAACAGACGCUUUUAUCCAAAGCGACUUACAGUCAUGUGUGCAUACAUUCUACGUAUGGGUGGUCCCGGGGAUCGAACCCACUACCCUGGCGUUACAAGCGCCAUGCUCUACCAACUGAGCUACAGAUUAAAGUUGUAACAUAACAAGUCAUGGGGUCUGAAUAUUGACCUGUUUCAGAAAGUCUUGUAUUUUAGACGAAGCUGGAACCUGCUCUUAGUUAUCAUUAAAUACGCGUUGUAAUUUUCCCUGCGGGUUUUCAGUUCUAAAGAUAAUUACUUGGCAUUUGUACAGAAAUCAAGUUUGCUUGGCGACGGUAGCUUUAAAAAAAAAUUUAAAAAAAUGUUUUUAACACGACAGACUUCAUCUUUGUCGAUUUUUCUUUUAAUGGAUCGGACAGUGCUGUAAAUUCAGUAACUGAUCAGCCGUUGUGAAUUGAUGCCAAAUGACGACCAGACAUUGAAUGUGUCUGAAAUGGCUUCCUGUACGGUGCCUUCAGAGUAUUCACAACCCUGUUUACACAUUCUGUUUCAGCCUGAUUUAUUUUUAUUUUUUUAUUUUUUUGUGUUACUUAUUAUUUGUCACUGACCUGACACACAAUGUCAAAGUGGAAUUAUUUUUUAAAGUUAUUUUUUACAAAUUAAUAGAAUUAAAAAUUAACCCUGCUAUGUUGUUAUGGACAGUA